CGGCUGAGAUCGACGUUACUUUUUGCGCCAAAUCGCUACAGUAUACAAGUUUUACAAGUUUUCCAAGUAAAAGUGUUCGAUUUUCCCGAUAUUUUCCGGCGAUUCAGCGAAAUGUCCACCCGUCGUAGUAGCCGCGGCUCCCGGCUGAGUGAAGUGGUCCAGUUGGAGGAGCGUGAAGAGGCCAAAGAGAACACAACGCCCACAAAGCGGCGAGGUCGGCCGCGCAAAACGAUCGGCGGAAGUAUUCCGGAGGAGGAGGAUGACCUGCAGCCGACGGAUGCUUCCCCGCCGAAACGGGUUAAAGUGUCGUCCAGGAAGAAGAAGGUGGUUGAGGAGGAAGAGCAGGACAGCGCGGAACCGGUCAGUGUGACCGCGAUCGGCAGUUUGCCCGAGCGGGAGCGGGAAACGGAAAAUUUGGCCAAAUACAUCGAGGACAUUCUGGCGGAGAAUGGGUCGGGCAGUUUGUACAUCAGUGGUCCGCCUGGAACGGGAAAAACGGCAACGCUCACCAAGAUCAUCAGCGAUCGCAAGCUAGCCACAAAGCUAAAGAUGGUCUACGUAAACUGCACCUCGAUGAGCAGCGCCGGAAGUAUCUACAAGAAGAUCUGCGAAGAGCUGUCCCUGUCGGUGGCCGGGACAAGUGAAAAGUUUUACCUUAUGGCCAUUGAAGAGUACCUCAAGCGGAAGCACAAGACGGUGAUGCUGGUUCUGGAUGAGAUUGACCAGCUGGCGAGCAGCAAGCAGACCAUCUUGUACAACAUCUUUGAGUGGCCGGCGAAGCGAGAGUCCCGCCUCAUCCUAGUCGGGAUCGCUAAUGCGCUGGAUUUGACCGACAGACUGCUCUCUCGACUGCAGGCCAGAUGCGAACUCAAGCCACACCUCAUUCAGUUCCUUCCGUACACCAAACAGCAGCUGGUCGCGAUCCUCAAGAACAACAUGGUCCAGAACGACACCACCGAAAUGUUCAACGAUGCCGCCCUCCAGCUGCUCGCCGCAAAAGUGGCGUCCACUUCCGGCGAUGCUCGGCGUGCCCUUUUCCUUGCUCGACGACUCGUCGAGAACGCCUCCAAAGAAGAUCGCGAAACCAAAAAGGCCAACGCCAAACUACAGGACAAGCCCCUUUCCUCACCACCCAAAAAGCCCGUCCAAAUCGGCCUCGUCGUCAACACCCUCAAGCAGGUCUACGGAACGACGCAAACCAUGGCCGACGACGAAGCGUUCCCCCUCCAGCAAAAGCUGCUGCUCUGCUCCCUUCUUCUGGUGCUUAAAGCCGGCAAGAGCAAGGACAUCACCGUUGGCCGGCUGCACCAGGUUUACCGUGCGGUCUGUGCCAAGCGAAACCUCCAGGUCGUGGACCAAACGGAGUUCCUCAACAUGUGCUCGCUGGUGGAAACGCGGGGCAUUUUGCGCCUCCAGGGAAAGAAGGAAGCGCGGCUAAUGCGUGUGCAGUUGCAGUGGGAUGAGGACGAGGUGCACAACACGCUCAACGAUAAGCAGCUAAUUGCGGACGUCCUGGCGGACACCUCGUGCGCGCAGGGGAAGUAAAAGGGUCGUCGAGAAGGGAGGUUGGACUGUUUUAGUUUAAUUUAAGUUAUUAUUGACCAUCACU